GCCAUCCGAAGUACCGUGUCAUGAACCCCAGUGGGAGGAAGCAGUACGCGAGAGAAUCGGCCGCAGCACUGGACAGUACCAGUGGGGAUAGGUUCGUCGCUGUUUGGCUCAGGACGUUCGUCUCGAGCACUGAGGCGCAAGCAUCUACCCUCUGGGUGAGACCGAAGUCUUGCCCAUCGCGCCCCCCCCAAGUGCAUCAAUGGCGAGCCUUCUCGUGAGCUUCGCUGGCCUGUGCCUCCUCGGCUGCGCUGCUGGCCAGGGCCUCUUCUCGGACUGCCCCUCGGCCAUGAACACCGGCUCGGUCGGCAGCUGCAAGAUCUUCGGGUGCUCCGCGAGCCGCGGGCCGACACACUGCACGCUCGGCAGCUGCUACUGCAACGACGGCUACUGCAGGUACCCGGCCAGCACCACGCACGUCCAGUCGCGGUAUUGCGUCGCCCGCGUGCCCGACGCCACGUGCCACCUCACCCGCUUCUGCUACAGCGCCGGCCUCACGACCUCGUUCUGCGAGAAGGGCCUGUGCAUGUGCAAGUGGGGCUACAGCGUCGAGACCGACGAGGACGGCAAGCACACGUGCGUCGCGUCCACCGCCGCGCUCGCCGAGGCUGUCGCCCGCAACGCCACCGCGGAGGAGAUCGAGCUGCUGGUGGAGCACAAGGAGCACUCCGAGCGCAUGGCCGCCCAGAACGUCGCGAUCGGGGCCGCGUGGCUCUGCGGCGCCGCCACGCUCGUCUUCGCCGCGGGCGCCUGGGCGCUGCGCCGCCGCGCGGCGAGGGUGACGUCCCAGCCGGCGGGCUACCAGGCGCUCGUCGCAUGAUGAGAGCGGCCUUGGGGUGGGGUGCGGUGUCGGGGUGCAGUGUCUCUGGACGGAAGCUGCCACAAGCGAGUGGCGACUGGCAGUAGAACCCCAGCACAGCGCCACGUUUUGUAUCGAUUGCGCUGCAAGUGCGCCAGUGCGCGGGCCCAGUGCUGACAGCCACGCGUCCUGGGCUGGCGGCACGCAGUAGAGUUUCAAUACGCGUCCUGGCCUGUCGGCCCGCGACCCGGGCUGGCGGCGGACACGCUAUUCGUUACAUCGGUUACAAUCCACGCGAACCAAUCGGAAAACAUAUCCGUGAAGAGAUGAA